AUGACGAUUGUUUUUUCACGGCACAGUUUUGUUGUUCGAUGGCGUCUACUGACGCUAUGCUUGUUGCUUGUGGCACUUGUGCUCACUGCGGGCUGGAUGUUUAAAUUCGACUCUGCGUGGCCUUGCAACAAGUUCGACUGUGCAGGUCAUUCGACAAGGCUGAGAGAACAGGUUCGUGUCAUUGCACUGGACGGAGGCAUUUUGCACGGUCCACCAAACACUAUCCUGGCUUCCUCCCGAGCCUUGCGCCAGGGUGCCCAUGAAUUGAAUGUUGACUUGGUGUGGAACCGGCUGAGUGGGCAGCUAGUGUGCACUCACAAUUCCACACACUGGAUCCCCAUUCCGGGCUUCCCCACUUUGUCACAGAGUUUCACCCAAAGUGGCAAUGCCACUUCCGAGCACUCGCCCCCGUGCCAGCACUUCCGGCACCAGCUGCUGCUCAGCGGGUUCUCCGCCUCCGACUUGCAGGGCUUAGGCCCGUGCCCACCGCAGCCCUUGACAUCGGCCGCGGACUUCUUGGAGGCUUUUCCGGAGGUGGCCAUCACCUUCGACCUGAAGGGACCCUGCGGGGAGCAGCUGCUGGCGGAGGCGGCUUUGAAAGAGCUGCUGCUGAGGUUCCCGCGGCGCAUGGCGCAGCCAGAGCUCACCACGCUGCGUUUCUUCUGCCCGGCCAAGGAGACGGCAGAGAUCCUGCGGCUGCAGCAGCCAGUGGCCUAUGGCUAUGCGAUUGGCAUCCCCAACGGCCAAGGAACAGACGGGUUGGAGCUCCUGCAGCUGCUGGAGCCCAGACUGGUUUCGAAGCUCGCAGGCAUUUAUGUGAGCCCCUCGCAGCUUGAUGAAGCUGUGCGUUGGGCUGGCAGUGUGCCACUGGUUUGCGACAUCGGGAAUGAGGAGAUCUUGCUGCUCCUGAAAGACCUGAACGAAGUGUUGCCCCGGUGCUUGCAGGCAAAUGUUAGAGCCAUACACACUGGCAGGGUCGCCGCAGCGCUCCAGAUCUUGGGGUCACCGGCGACGACUGUCACAGAAGAGGUCCACGCGGAGUCUGUGGAAGGAACAGCCACGUCAAUGUGGGUUCUCAGCCAAGCAAAUGCAACCAGCCCAGUUCAAGUGUUCUCCACGGUGCCUGCUCUUCAUGAGAGCAAUGCAUGGACUCGGUGUGCUGGAAAAUUAGCAACAGCUUUGCUUGUGAUGCGCUUAGUCGAGCUCAAGAUCCUGCCGGGCCUUGACCAGCCCAUGAUAGGUAUUCUGGAUUUGAGCGGGCAAUGGUUCCCGAACUGGAAGCAGCACCCGGUCAUGAAGAACUUGACGUUGCGGCAUGUCAUGGCCGGUGUAGGGGGCCUUCCAAUGUGGCGCUGGCUACCUGAGUGGGUGACGAAGGAAGUGCGGUCUCCUUUGGAGCUGGCAGAGCGAGCUUUGAGCCAUGUAGAGGAGGCGACCAUUCCUGGCAGUACCUUUGUGUACUCGAACAUGCAGUGGGCGGUGGUGGAACUUGCCAUUGAACGAAGGACCAGAAUGGACUUCCCCACUGCGGCUCGUCGAUUCCUUUUCGAUCCUUUGGGCAUCUCCGAACAGACCUACUACCGGUCUGAGGACAGAUCUAGCUGCGCUCAGAGUCCCGAAACCAGCGUCUUCGAGCGGAAUCUGCGUGCAGGCAUUGGCCUGUGUGCCACAGCCUACGACCUCUUCCUGCUGGGGGCGACGCUGCGGCAAUCGUGCAAGGCCUGCCUUCUCUCCCCUCAUAGCUUUCGCGAGGUGGUCACCGACCAGCUGGCAGUGCACUUCCCCUCUGCCGUGCCCAGCUUCCAGACCAAUGCCCCGGCCACAGACUUUGCGCAGCAGGGCCUGCGCUUCACCGGCCGCGGCUUCGCCGGUUACCACCUCGGGCCAUGGCUGUUGGCGCACGGGGGCCUGGAAGGCUUCCUGGGACAGAACGUGCUGAUGCAUGUCGCGGAGGUGUCAGAGGUGAGCGAUGUGAUGGUGACCUGGAUCUCCGGGAUGAAUGAUGCAAGCGGGCUGCUUCAGGCGUUUGCCAAGGAGCUCAUGCAGUCCUUCCUUCGUGCGCCGGGAUCCUUGGAUGCCAAAGCCAUGUUUGACAGCCUGAUCACCACUGUCCAGACAACCACCACCACCACGACAACCGCCGGCCCCACGCGGGCGUUUUCUGGGCUGCCGCCGUGUGGGUCAGGCGCGACUGUGGUGGUGGCGGACGCCAGGAGCUGCACCUUGCCCUUUAAGAGGCAGGACACACCUCAGACGAUGGGCUUGUCAGCUGAAGCCAGGUUCAAUUGCGUUCUUGGGAGGCGCCGGUGGGCUGGUGAUAUCGACAGGCCAGUCAGGCAAAGCAUCAAGUGUCCAAUAGAGUCAGGAUUCUGGAAGCUCGACUCCCUCCUCAAUGCUUGUCCGGCCAAUGCUUCGGGUAUCUCAGACUCUGCUCGAUUGGCCAGCAUGACUGCAAAGUGCUUUAAGCGUCCCUCUGCAAGUCGACCAGCAAGGGUUUGCAGGUCGAUGAGCGCCUGCGCAUCUGCGUGGAAUGCAAUCAACGAGAAUCAAUGGCAUCGGAGAGUGGACGAGCUGCCCCGGAUCGUGCUGGCGCAGCACAAGCUGAUGCAGAUCUACACAACUCCCAUUCGCGACGCCCCGCAGUGCUCGCGCUUCCCACUGCCCCCUUGUGGAGGCAUGAAGCCGCACUGGGACCUUGUUGACAAGCUGGAGCCGCUUUUUCCAGACCUGCGGAAUCUGUGGUACCAUGCUCAUGCCACCCUCAUUGACUUUACGCCCUACUUGCCGCUUCCUGCGCUUGCAAACUUCUCAAAUGCGAAGCGAAGGAUUCUCAUUGUUGUUGGCGCAAACCGCUUCUGUCGUGCGCCCAAGUACUUGAUGGACAUGUACAGCCCAUAUUUUGACUUCGAUCAGAUUCAUUUGGUUGAUGCUCAUGCGCUUGACGUGCCUUCCGCGUUUUUGAGUCGCAAUAUCACAACGCGGCAGAUGACUGCUCAGGUGGCAACACGAGAUGAUGCAGAUAUUUUUGCAGCGAUUCCUUCCUGGGUCACGGAGGAUGACUUUGUCGCUCUCAUGUGGGACACAGAUUUUGAGGGACAAGAUGCAACACUUGAGUGGGGCAUACUGGCGGACUUGUUGUCAAUGCACUGGAAACUGGUAGAUGAGCUGUUCAUCGAGACGCACUUCACUCAGAAGGCGAUUGGUUGGACUCACACUUUCCAUGGACGACAAGAGGCCUAUGAGCUGCUCUAUCAGUUGCGCCAUCACUGUGGAUUUGCAAUUCAUGCUUGGCCGUAG